CCGUGCCUAGAGCAGCCAUGGCUCGUGGUCCCAAGAAGCAUCUGAAGCGGGUAGCAGCUCCAAAACACUGGAUGCUGGAUAAGUUGACUGGUGUGUUUGCUCCUCGUCCAUCCACUGGUCCCCACAAGCUGAGAGAAUGUCUUCCUCUCAUCAUUUUUCUAAGGAACAGACUUAAGUAUGCCCUGACAGGAGAUGAAGUAAAAAAGAUUUGCAUGCAACGCUUCAUCAAGAUUGAUGGGAAAGUCCGAACCGAUAUCACCUACCCUGCCGGUUUUAUGGAUGUCAUCAGCAUUGAUAAGACUGGAGAGAAUUUCCGUCUGAUCUAUGACACCAAGGGUCGUUUUGCUGUUCAUCGCAUUACACCUGAGGAGGCCAAGUACAAGUUGUGCAAAGUGAGAAAGAUAUUUGUGGGCACAAAAGGAAUCCCUCAUCUGGUGACUCAUGAUGCUCGAACCAUUCGAUACCCUGAUCCCCUAAUCAAGGUGAAUGAUACCAUUCAGAUUGAUUUGGAGACUGGCAAGAUUACUGACUUCAAUAAGUUUGACACUGGUAACCUGUGUAUGGUGACCGGAGGUGCUAACUUGGGAAGAAUUGGUGUGAUUACCAACAGAGAGAGACAUCCUGGCUCUUUUGACGUGGUUCAUGUGAAAGAUGCCCAUGGCAACAGCUUUGCCACCCGGCUCUCCAACGUUUUUGUUAUUGGCAAAGGCAACAAACCAUGGAUUUCUCUU